AAACAUGUACCUAUUAAGGAUUUAUUUAAACGGGUAAUUUAUGGAAUAAAUAAAAUUUGAACGCCUGCUAUUAAAUAAUCGAUUAUACAUUGAUGAAUCAAAUAAUAGAUCGGUCAUAGUGCUUUGAGCAUAUUACAGAUGUUGUAUACAUGUAACUUUAUAGUUCGUUGUUCUAUUAAAAGCACCUGCAAUAAAGCAGUAACGUUAUCUUAACCGUUGAUAAAAUAAUAGGAAGCUUGAAACACAAUAUGACGCUCAGUGUAUUGAUUGUUUGAUCUUGUUUGUACGCGUAUUUAAGAAAAAAGUCGGUUUCAAAUAGGAAGUUAUAACACUUAAGACAUUUAUUGAGUAAUUCAUAAUAGCGUGUGGUAUGAGAGUGUGUUUGUGAUAUACUGGAGUAAAGUGUUACAAGAGACAGCGGUGUUCUUGUUUGUCAUUACAUCGCCGGGAUAAACAAAUAUGGGAGGAGGCGCUUCCAAACCCCCACCCUCGGCAACGACCACUAACGAUCCGUAUAGCGUGGUAGACAAACCCACAACAGAGCAAAAACCUUCGGACAAAGUGAACACAACAGAAAACAGGACAAAACCCACCAACGCCAACGCUAGCUCUAAUAAUGUCCAAAGUGGGUCUUCGUCAAAUCGUCCAAAAUCAAACCAGCCGAAAAGCCGUACCAAGUUAAAAGACGGGGACGAGCCGCAGGCCUGGGAGCUGCUCACCUAUCUGCCGACGUACGGGAAGGAGUUCGAGUUCUCCCACACCCACUAUCUGUAUUCGAACGACGUCGCGCGACUCGAGGACUUUGCGCCGCCUCACACAGCACCCACGAGAAAACAUGAGAUCUUCGACCCUGACCAGUACCAGCACGUAGACGAACGCACGGACGCGGUGAAGGACUCUGCCCUGGAGAAACCAUUGUCCGAGCUCAUCCGACUGCUGUGUGGGGACUAUGACGACGACAUCUCCAAGGUUCGCGCCCUGUAUCGAUGGUUUACGUCCCAGCCAGUAGAGACAACGGCCUACAAGAAGGGUAGCAAGCCGAACACCGCCAUGUACCAACUCUGGCACCUCAAAAACAAGCGAAACACAUACGCUGGCCUCUUCAGUCUCCUUUGCUGGUACGCUGACUUACCGUGCGCUAUCAUACGGGGCUAUCUGAAGGGGUCCACGUACGAGGUUGGUCAGAAGAUUAACAAGAACACGCACCAAGGGGAAUGGAACGCUGUACUGGUGGAUGGAAACUGGCGUUUCAUCAACGCUUUCUGGGGCGCAUGCGUGCUGUCGGGUGAUGAGGACGAAGACUCGAAAAACUACUUCUACACAUGUGACGAGAACUUCUUCCUGACGGACCCCCAGCAGCUCAUCUACACACACUUCCCCGAGGAGCCUAACUGGCAGCUCAUCGACACGAAAAAAACGAUAGAGGAGUUCGAAACCAUGGUAUUCUUAAAAGACCGGUUUUUUAACCUGGAGAUGAGGGUCCUGUCUCAUCCAUACUGCAACACGGAGGCCAAGGACGGCGAAAUAGAUAUCGUGUUUGGUCUUCACCCAGAGAAAUCCAGCAACCACACAUUUCUGUGUAUCCCAACUUUCUUCGUCGACAAAGACAAACACAGAACCAAACCUGUUGAACUUCCGCAGAAAAACGUCCAGUUGGACUUUAUCCACAGAUCGAAUGAAAAUGUUCUGUCAGUGAAAGUGCGGUUUCCAAAAAUCGGCACAUACAAACUUGAGAUAGUCGGAAAGGACUUGGCAGUGAAUCAGCCGGACUAUGACUAUGACUGGGUCGCUAUCUACAAGGUGACAGUCAACAGUAUUCCGGAGCGGCAGGUGUUUUUCCCUAUCCUGGAGGAAGCUGGCUGGGGACCGGGCAAAAUCAUAGCGGAACUUGGGUUGGAGGCCAUCACACACAAAACAGGGGUUAUUAAAAUGCAGCCAGGCCAGCUGGAUGUCAAAUUUAAAAUCAUUGACCACGCAAAAUUCAAGGAAGCUAAUGUCACAUACAAGGUGUCGCCAAUCGGAAGUGAGGACGAGGCCCGCCUUGAGAAUCACCCCUUCCAGCAGACUGGAGACAUCCUUGAAGCCUCAUUCAAUGUCACAGAAGGCGAAUUCAAAAUGAAGAUAUCACACAACCUUGGAGGAGGUAACGAGCGGAAUAUCUGUAACUACCACAUUAUAAGCGCUGUACCACCGGUCGUCGUACAGCAGGUCGGAAGCGAGAAAGCACCGGAACCGGAACACGAUGAGCUAGGAGAACUUAGAGACAAGUUGUCGUCUGCGAUUGACAGUCAGAACCUCGAGGACUUAGAGCGUGCAGUGGAUCUAGUGGAGAGCAAGGGUUAUGCCACCAAGCUGCACAACGAGCUGAGAGAAGCUAAGGACCUUAUUGCCCGUCUGAAGAGGCUCCAAAAGUUGAUACAUGAGGUGAUGACCUUAAACCAGAGAACGAUAUCUGAGAUCCGCUCGUACGCACAUCCCAUUGCAGAGAUACACACGGUGAUGCGGGCCACUCUAUUGUUGCUAGGCAACCCAGAGGAGGAGACAAAGGACUGGAAGAACGUGCAGGCUGUGAUAGGAAAGACGGGGAAGAUGUCGCUGAAGAGGAGGAUCCAGGAGCUGGACGUGAACAAGCUGAAGGCAGAGACAGUGAUGAGGACCAAAGCCCUGCUAAGGGACAUCAAGCUCGAAGACAUCGUCAUUAUCAGCGCUGGGGCCGCUACCUUCUAUAACUGGUCGAACGGAAUGGCAGAAGAGUAUGAACAGAGGAAAAGGGAAUAACAGUAAACGCUACAUAACAGUCAUCGUGAUGGAGAAUCGACCUAUUCUAAUAAGCGUAAUACCAUGUGUACAUGCGUAUUGAGUGUAUUCAAACAUGUUGUAUCUCACACUUUUGACAAUAUCAAGUUUAAAUAAUUUAAUUCAUCAUUGAUCAUAUUUGUUACGAACUAUUAUUCCGUCCAACUUUGUAAAAAGCUAUUUUCUGUGAUACUAUUUUUAUAUCAUAUUUGUUGAAUUUAUCUGUAUAACUUUCCCUCUGACAUAUUGGAUAUACUGUGCUGGUGUUUUGUGGAUAUUAUGUUAGUUAAUUUAGAUCUAUCCUUCAACGAAAAUAAGCUCUUGCAGUGUGUCCUUUGUGACAACCAAACAGGCGCAAAACAGUGCAACUUUAUUUGGCAGACUGGUUUACCAUACACUGUAACAAUUGAUCUGUAUUACAUAUAGUGUGAUCAUGUUUUUCAGAAAAAUGGAAACCUUCAUUGCAGGUUGUGAUUGGACGUAUUUUUCUAUAUUGUCAAAUGUACAACUAGCUAUUAUAUAGUUUUGUACACGUUCGAUUCAUUCUUCCCUGUUUUUUUGUUGAUUCUGUAUUUGUAAGAUUGCGUUGAUGUAUACAAGCGUCAUAGAACUGAAUAAAUUCCUCUAUCAAAGCUGUC